GCCCCCUUCGUCCUCUUCUUCCUCCGUCUGGAGGCAGGGAGUGCAGGACGGAGACCGGAAGCAGGCGUAGUCUUCGGCGCUGGAAAGUCGAGAGCCGUCCUCUCCAGCUUGAUCGCCCCGGUGAGAAUGCCCCUCGGGCUGGAUGAUGUCGGGCGGGAUCCGACAGACCCGACUGGUUUCCGCCUGGCCUUAGCCUUGGGUCCGCAUACGAGCGGGUCAUAAAACUCGUAACCCGACUCGUAUGCUGGACGGUAACCCCUGCCCCGUAUUGCCAAACGGCUGUACAUGUCCGCUGGGUUCAAAUAGGCUCGUUCGUUCUGUCACGGUUCGUUAACACAAAAGAGAACCCAAACGCAGACAAGACGUACAAAAUAAACUGAAGGUUUAUUUAAUAAACAAACACAAAAACCCACGUGGGGGUAAAACAGGUGAUGAACACAGAAGCAGUAACACAAAACCAGGAACAAACAUGAGAUACAAAAUAACAAAAGACUCUGAGAAUGAGAUUCAGGCAACCCGGAUGACGGGAACUAAACACACUGAAUCUGGACGAACGAACGAGCACACGACAGAGAACGAGAGGGCAUUAUAAAGACACAACACAAAUGGGGAACAGGUGAACAUAAUUAAUUACUCAAGACUACAUAAGGGAGUAGGGUAAAAGUGACAAGACACUGGGAACACGUGACACCAAACCAUGAUGUGACUUCACGUGUCCCCACACAAAACAAUGCUGCCAUGAUCUUGCCCUCUGAGAUCAGACCUGAAUCUCACACAAAGGUCUGGCAAGACCAUGACAGCGACAAGACAGUGGGAACAUGUGGAAGCCACAUACACAAUAUAACUCCACGUGUCCCCACACAGAACAUAGUACUGUCAUGGUCUUGCCAAAUGCACUCAGACCUUAAUCUAAUACAAAGGUCUGGCAAGUCAUGUUCCACCUCAACAUGGAAAACAAGGAUGUUUGUCGGAUGUCCCUCAAGCAGGAAGCGCACAAACAUCAUCAAACACUAUUUGAUAGACAGGUCAGUCUCUCAUCAAUAAUGAACACAUUUGUCACGACACUUCUUGUUUUUUUGGCACUUUCGCCAUGUUUAAGCAAGGUCUCGCGCUUAAAAUGUGCGGAUUCCGCCACCAACGCCGUUUUACUUGCAAACUCCGUUUCACAGGAUUUACAGUAAACACUGUAACAUCGAGCCGUUUUCAUAGCAGAGCCACUCGUAAUCUUCAAGCCACUCUCUUCAAAAGGUUUAACGUUAAGCCUUAUUUUCCAGUGGUGAAGUUGCAUUUAAAUCCGGACCGUCGUUAUGAAUUAAUAUAGUAGUAAAAUUGGCUGUAGUCGGCUCGUUCUCUUCAUGCUCGCAGUUCGUUUUUUCACAUUUUUGCGCUUUGCGUAUGAACGUGUGUUUCUUGGAUAUUAUUACAACAAGCGGUGUAUCAACAACUCAGAAAUGUAGGUGAACAACUAGAAAAAUAACACUUGAUGAUAAUGAAACUUUUAUUUUUUCAUGGACGCACGGACUUUCAUCCGACUGUGCGGAGUGCCCGUUAUGAGGCGGAGUUUACUGUGUCUAUUAGUUAUUAUAUUUCAUUACGAGAUUAAAUUGAUGAUUUUUGUCAAUACACCAACUACAUUGACUCAUUUUACUAGCAUGUUAUUUUGACAAAAUAAAACCUUUUAAUUUGCGUGAGGAAACUGGCAUUUUUACGCACACUUAUGUCAUUGGCUAUAUGCCACUGCUGUAAUGGCUUAUUGCACUAUUACUCUUAACAGUUAUUCGAUUGAUUGAUUGUCAAUUUUUAAAUGAUCAUCGAAUAUGGGAAAUUGCAUAAUUUGACAUCCCUAACAGCCAUCUUAGGGACAGGCAUGGUGGCAGCCAUCUUGGAGACAGACAUGGUAUUAGUUGGCUAUGGUAAAAUAGGCAGGACUUGAGCUGGCUUUAUAUGUGUCUGGCUUGACAAACCUGGCAUCCAAGGGUAUGGCAGCACAUAAAACUGCACCCACAAAAUCCGCCAACAAACAGUCAUAAUCCAGAGGUACAAAUUUGUUUAGUGUGGAGUCGAGUCCCAACCAGUGUCUGAGAUGCCAAACUCCAAAAUCUAGCAGUGAAAUCUUGAACAGAUCCAUUACCUGGUGCAUAGAACUUAAUCCAUCUGCUAGAUCCAUGGUCUUGGUAAAACAAACUUCCGCUGGAUUCUGGGUAGGCAAAGUAUUCUGAAACGUGCUGAGACUGAUGGUAGAAUCCAAGUGCAGAAGUUUAUUAAUAAAGUCAGGCAAACAAGACAAAAGGGUAAUCCAAAGACGUAAUCCAAGGAACAGGCAAACAGGUCAUAACAUGAACAAGGCAACAUGAAACAAUAAACAAAUGGGAAGGCUUGGUAAUGCAGCUACAACUAACAAUACAUCACAAUGUGUUCUUCUUCUUCUUUUGUGUACUGGCGGACUGGUGAACUGAGCACAUACCGCCACCUAUUGUUCCAUAUUAUCUAUUACCUCAUUUCAUAUAUAGGAAAAAAAAACAGAAUUUCAGUAUAAGCUGACGCUGGGACUCCAGCACCUCCAGCCUAUACACGGAACGCUGCCGAAUCAAAACUGCCCUUAAAAAUGUUUAAAUCCUAUACUCUAUUCCUGUACUAUAUAUGAAUUCCAUUAACACCCUAUUAACUUCCACUCCUAAUAUAUACCUCAAAUCUAAAUCAAAGAAUGAAUACAAAGAUCUAACCAUUUUUGAUAGGUGUCCUCCUGCACUUUGUGAAACAGCUUGAGGUAUUCUUUGCAGGGCAAGGCCUUUUCACUGCAAACACAUCUUUGUGUGCACACUUCUGUGCAUAAUUUAUGUCAAAACAGUGGUUUGUAAUAAACAGGACCACUUCACAACCUCUUUGGACAGAGAUGGCUGCCCUCAGUCUCGAUUACCUGAAGGGACAUGAAUUGUCCAGUUUGCAUGGACCAAUUACUGAUGAACCAAACAUCACUCCCUUAUAUGACUAUAGUGACUACUACAGUGAAGGUCUUGAUCCAUCUGUGUUAUCCUGUGAUUAUGGAGUUCAUGCAUCCAACAUCCUGCCUGUGUUAUACUCUCUGUUCUUCGUGAUGGGUCUGCUGGGUAACCUGCUGGUGUUAUGGGUGAUGUUGAUGGGUGUAAAGCUGAGAAGCAUGACUGACAUCUGUCUUCUGAACCUGGCUUUAGCUGAUCUCCUGCUGGUCUCCUCUCUCCCGUUCCUGGCUCACUAUGCCAGAGAUCAGUGGGUCUUUGGAGGCCCCAUGUGCACCAUGGUUUUAGGCGUCUAUCACAUUGGAUUCUACAGUGGGAUUUUCUUUAUUGUAAUGAUGAGUGUUGACAGAUAUUUAGCUGUGGUUCAUGCUGUGUUCGCACUGAAAGUCAGAACAAAGACAUAUGGGAUCUUAGCCAGUGUGGUCAUCUGGAUUAUUGCUGUUGCAGCAUCGUUUCCUGAGCUUAUUUACCUUGAAAUCAGUAAACACAAUAAUAAAACAUACUGUCAGUCUUACCCAACAGAUGAUCACACCUCUCACCAUUAUGCAAACACUGUUGGUAUCAUUAAGAUGAAUGUUUUGGGACUAAUUAUUCCACUGUGUGUAAUUGGAUUUUGUUACUCAAUGAUUCUUCAUAGACUCCCAACAGUUCGCUCUUCCAGGAAACAGGCUGUAAGACUUGUCAUUGUAGUGAUGGUUGUCUUCCUCUGCUGUUGGGCUCCAUAUAAUAUUGCAGCUUUUGUGAAAGCAUUGGAGCUAAAUAAACUCAUAGAGCCAUCCUGUGAAAAAAGCAAAGCAAUCACUCUUAGUCUUCAGAUCACAGAAGCUCUGGCUUACUCACACAGCUGCUUGAAUCCCAUUCUCUAUGUGUUUGUAGAACAGAAAUGUAGGAGGCACCUUUUCAGACUCAUGAACAAAACACCCAUCAGCAGAUUACAGUUCAUGAAGAGAUACCUUACACAGGCUACAGGAUCUGUUUAUUCACAGACUGCCAGUGUGGUUGACAGACAUACUACAGUAGUGUGAAUGAAAUAAAUCCCCAAAUAUCAUUAAAAAGCCACUUGCUUGAUAGUUUAAAGGAAAUUUGACAUUCCUUUUGUGAGUUAUUUUACUUUGGCAUUCUGUAAGUGAAUGUUUAUGGUUCUGGUCAGAAUAGGAUGUAAAUAGCUGGUUAAAGAUGCUUAGUUGUGUAAUUGCCUUCAAUACGUAUUGUUUGGCUUUCUUCAAACAUGCUAGAAAUAUGAUCUCAACCAUGAUUAAACUGUAUGAUAUGUGUUUAAAGCCUUAAAUAACUUAUGUUUUUAGUCUUAUUCAGUGUUUUUGCUCAAUAAUAAUGAAUGAUUGUUAAGAGAUUGUUUCAGUCCAAAGUCACAAUGACAGAUGGGACUUCAAUAAUUGUUUGCAAUAAAAAAUAAAUAAAACAAUUUACAAGCUAAAAUUGCAUCAUUGUAGGACAAUAGGUUACAAAAAGUAUGCUCUUUUUUAAACCAUGGUUCAGGACCCACUUGUAGGUCUCACGCAUUCUCACAUAUUUCCCUCUUUUAUUUAAAAAAUAUGUUGUUGGGUCCUGGGACAGAUUAUACCUAUUUUGGGUGGGUUGCAAAAUAAAAAGUUUGGAAACCAGUGCUCUAUAGUACUUGAGGUAAUCUUUAUAACACCAAGUAGAUCCAAAUAACUAAUCAACAAGUUUCAUAGAUUAUUUAACUUAGUAAAUCUAGAAGGAGUUUAGACGCAUUGUUUCUCGUGAGGAUGUCUGUUAAAAUAUAUUUACAUGCCUUUGGAUGGAGAUUAAUUGAAUUAUAAUUCAGUUUAAUUUACAAUAUCUUUGGUAAAGUAUACUAAUAUAACAAAAUAACAUGGAUAAGAUUUUUUUCAAUAGUUGGUCUUCUCACAAUUUAGGUCAACAAUUUUUCUGCAUCUCACAUGUUUUUGAACAAAAAAUUAGCAAAUGCUGAGUUGUUGUUGCAGCCAUGGGUUAACCUAAUGCAUGUCAGUGCAUGUAAUCUUAUGUAACGUCAUACUACCAAAACAGAAAAUAGUGUUGUAGUCUUGACAAGUUAUUAUACAAGUUAUUAUAUUCUGCAAUGUCCAUGAACUUUUAUCCAACACUGCCACCAACUGUUAUAAGAGGCAAAUAACAACAAAUAAUAAACUCAUCAAAACUGUAAAAUAACACAAAUAUAACAAUGGGAU